UUGAGUACAAACAAGAAAAUAUAUGCUAAAAGCUCUUAGGCUAUGGGUUGGAUUGUGUAUUACCUUAUCCUAUCUCCAACAAAAAUAAAAUAAAACCCCUUCUUCUUAUUUUUUUCCUAUUUCUCUCUUUUCCUAUAUCCUCUUAGUUAUACUCUCAAGAACAACAAAGUGAAAAGAAAAAAAAAACAAUGAAUUUUCAUUCAUAAUAUCCUUCUUAUCUUGCUUCUUUUUAAGUUCUCUUCUACCAAUAAAACCCUUCCAUUUGCAUUUUCUUGAUAUAUAUGAAGAUGGAUUUUCAUUAUUCUUAUUCUUCCUCAUGUGAAUAUAUGGGCAUUUGAAAUUCUUUAUUUAUUGCUAGUGUUAUUCAUUUUAUUGAAGAAGAAUUCGAACACGCCGCGUUUUACUGGGAAGUUUGAGGAAGAGAAAUAAUGGCUCCCAAAACAGGAAAAGCUAAGCCACACAAAGCUAAGGGGGAGAAGAAGAAGAAAGAAGAGAAAGUUCUGCCUAACGUUAUAGAGAUAACGGUGGGAACACCUGAAGAUUCGCAAGUGUUGCUUAAGGGAAUAUCAACGGACAAGAUUUUAGAUGUGAGAAAGCUCUUAGCCGUCAAUGUGGAGACAUGUCACGUGACCAAUUACUCCAUGUCACAUGAGGUGCGAGGAACAAGGCUAAAAGAUACAGUGGAGAUUGUGUCGCUCAAACCUUGCCACCUCAGCCUGGUCGAAGGUACUGUUCUCUAUGCUCUCGGUCCCACCUGA